AACCAUCACUUCUCUGCCUAUCUUUAUUUUUGUUUUAAUUUUUUUUAAAAAUGUAUAUUUUUAUUUAUUAAUGAUCGCCAAAGCUGAUGGUGACUCGGGUCAACGCUAUUAAUCACAGCCAGCAAAAAAAAAAAAAAAAAAAAAAAAAAAAUCCAAAAAAACAACGAGGAGACGGGAAAGAAAGGGGCAAAUCUAAAAGCAAGAAUCCGCACUCUGCUAGCCCCACAGCUGCCGCGUCCAUCUCUUUGUCUGCUCGCCUCCCAGCACCAGUCUGAAGCGAGCCUGCGGUUCUGCUUCUGAAAUCCCUGCUGUCUGGUGGCGGCGUUUCGUUUUCCUUCGCCAAAGAUCUGCUAAUGUUAACUGGGACUGCUGCUGCUCCUGCUUCACCAUCUUCUUCGGGAAUUGAGAAGAUUCACAAUACGCCUGCACGAUCCCGUGUGAUUGUCCUGUCCUUUUAACACCUGCACCGCCGGUUAUACUAAACAAGGAACUGCGGAUGCGGCUUGUUGCGACCCGAAAUACGACUUGAGCUGUUAAGCGUUUUCCAGACACAGAGUGAGAGAGAGACUGAGAGAGAGAGAGAUAGAAAGAGAGACAGAGAAUCCCAGUACCGCUGUUCGAUCCAGCCAGGCUCUCAGUAUGUUCGUGCCCCUGCCGGUCCCGUUCGUGUUCCAGCGAGCCUCCUCUGAAGUGGCAGGAUGGCGGCUCAAGCCUCCGACAACAGCCUUCCGAGCUGCGGCAGCGAACGACACAGAGAGGAAUGAUCCAGACCCUAAUCAUCAGGUGCAGUCUAUGAAAGCCAGCCCUUUCUCACUGUCCCCCACACUCUCCAGCACUAAGGUCAAGGCUGAGGACUCCAGCGAAAUGUCGGUCCAGGGGUUGACGGCUCUCUUGCCCGCACAGCAGCAGCUCUUGUUGCAGCAGGCUCAAGCGCAGCUCCUGGCUGCAGCGGUGCAGCAGUCCAAUGCAGCCGCAGCCGCGCACGCAGCUAAUCAGCAGCAGCAGCAGCAGCAAAACAGCAGUGAGCAGACAAGCAACCCUCCACCCCAACUCACCCUGUCUCAGCCAAUCCAGCUCACUGCCCAAGAUGUCCAGCAGUUGCUGCAGCUCCAGCAGCUGGUCCUGGUCCCAGGGCAUCCUCUGCAAUCACCUGCACAGUUCCUGCUGCCACAGGCACAGCAAGGACAGCAAGGCCUGCUAACGACACCAAAUCUAAUUCCACUACCUCAGCAAAAUCAAGGGGGGCUCCUGUCCCCCCCUGCCAGACUCAGCCUCCCCACACAGCAGCACGCUCACAGUCAGGUCAGUAAGUGUGCGGAGAGCCAGUCCUCCUCUGGGGGCCACACUGAGGAGCCCAGCGACCUGGAGGAGCUUGAGCAGUUUGCUCGCACCUUCAAGCAGCGGCGCAUCAAACUGGGCUUCACUCAGGGUGACGUGGGGCUGGCGAUGGGCAAGCUCUACGGGAAUGACUUCAGCCAGACGACCAUUUCUCGCUUUGAAGCGCUGAACCUGAGCUUCAAGAACAUGUGCAAACUGAAACCACUGCUGGAGAAGUGGCUCAACGAUGCAGAGACCAUGUCGAUGGACACCACUCUCCCGAGUCCCAAUCACCUCAGCAGCCCUCCGCUGUGUGGGUUCGAGGGGCUGCCUGGCCGGCGCAGGAAGAAGCGCACCAGCAUCGAGACCAACGUCCGCGUGGCCUUAGAGAGGGCCUUUAUAGCGAAUCAGAAGCCGACCUCUGAGGAGAUCCUGCUGAUGGCAGAGCAGCUCACGAUGGAGAAGGAGGUGAUCCGCGUGUGGUUCUGCAACCGGCGCCAGAAAGAGAAGCGCAUCAAUCCAGCCAGCGCCACCCCUCCCCUCCCCAGCCAGCCAGCCACCCCGCACAAAGUCCCCUGCUACAGCCCACAUAUGAUUUCCAGCCAUGGAUUGUCCCAGGCUGUCAGCAGCCUCAGCACAACAGUGACUACAAUGUCUUCGGGUAUGGGCUCUUUAGCUCAGAGUGUGAUUAGCUCUGCUCCCUCCCCUGUGACUCCUCCCCCCAACAGCAACAACAGCACAAGCAUCAGCCCCCACAGUCACAACCCCCUGGGCCUGCCGGGCAUCAACCCCAACACAGGGAGCACAAUGUUGGGUGUCAAUGCAGGGAUAAACCAAGCCCUAAUGGCUAACAACCCCUUGGCCACCAUACAAGCCCUGGCAGCCACUGGUGGGCAGCUGUCUCUUUCCAGCCUUGACGGGAGUGCCAGCCUGGUCCUGAGCAGUGGCGCUGGCACAGCCGGCACUCAGAGCAUCGUCUCCUCUCCUCUGUUCCUGAACCACGGCGGGCUGCCCCUCCUCGGCUCCAGCCCCGGCGUGGGACUGAUGGCUGCAGCUGUGGCCGCCAAAGCCGCAGCCGCAUCUCUUCCUGUCAUGAGCUCCGCCUCUUCUUGCUCCUCCACUUCCUCUGCUUCUUCCUCCAGCAGCGAGUCAGCACAGAGUCCGCCCAUUCUUGGAUUAGGAGGAGUUUCUGCCUCUGAAGGGGCGGGGGCUAAGGCGAGUGACCACACCCCCUAACCACACCCCUACUCCCCCCCCCCCCCCCCCCUCCUUUGUUGGGUUCUUCAGAACUCUGGCCAUUUAAUUUUCUACAGCAAAAAAAACACCCAAAGAAUUUUUUUUUUUCUUUUUACUGUGUAUUGGUUAUCGGAGAUAGGGCCAGCCUGAAAGUGACUUCUCUUAAACUAAAUGGAAUUAAAAGAAGGGGGCUGGCGACGUGCUGGUAAAAGAAAUGGAGAAUUAUCUGUUUCCGCAACGGAGAGGACUUUUAAAAGAAGAAAAAACCAAACACACACAAACGAAUGCCAAAAUUUCACACCAAAAAAAACUAAACAAA